UCUUUUUUGACGGCCAAUGAGUAUGAUUUUUAUUUAUUAUUAUUUAUAUUUUUGCUUAACGUUUCAGUGAAACAGACUGUCAAGAAAAUGUCUUUUGAAAGAUCUAACAGUAUAAACAGUGUUAAAGAGGAAGACUUAAGUUCAAGUGUAUCAAAAAGAGCUCCCCAGAGCACAAAAAAUGCUAUACUUCUUUUAGUUGGAAUAUUUUUGCUUUCAAUUGCAUCUUUAUUUUACCUUUAUACCUAUUUCCCAGAUCUGGAAGAGGAUGAAGUUCAUUUCAUUAAGCUUCCUACAGACAUAGAAGAUGCUAAAAAUUUAGGCAAAAUUUUGGCCCGCUACAAGGAACGCUAUUAUUACACAGUCUUAUCUGCCUUCUUCAUCACAUAUGUUUUUUUGCAAUCUUUUGCCAUUCCAGGAUCAAUAUUUUUGAGCAUUUUAUCUGGAUUUCUGUUUCCUUUUCCAUUAGCAAUAUUUUUGGUCUGUACGUGUUCUUCUCUUGGAGCUACAUUUUGCUAUGUCCUUUCAUCUCAGUUGGGAAGAAAAAUUGUUCAGAGGUUCUUCCCUGUUAGAGCAGCUGCAUGGGCAAAACAGGUCCACAAACAUCAUUCCAAUUUAUUGAAUUACAUAAUUUUUCUUCGAAUUACACCAUUCCUACCAAAUUGGUUUAUCAAUAUUACUUCUCCAGUAAUUGGUGUUCCUGCCUUGCCAUUCAUUCUUGGUACAUUUAUAGGUGUAGCACCACCAUCAUUUGUUUAUAUCCAAGCUGGAACAACUCUUCAUCAAUUGACCUCGUCAACAGAUGCAAUAUCAUUAAAUUCCAUUUUCAUGUUAAGUAGUUUUGCUGUUUUGUCGCUACUUCCUAUUCUAUUUAAAGGGAAGAUUCGUGAAAAGCUUGAGUAGUUCUUUAUGGGAACAUUAUUUAUAAGAACUUACACACACUUUAUAAAUCUUAGGACUCCAGUUUCAGCUAAUAUGAGCUUUAACUGAUAAUGGGAACAAUUUUCUUUUUCCUGAAAAAUGUAUACCUUUUGGAGAAGUUGUUUUUCAGUGAUGCUCAUGUCUAUGUCCAUAUACCUCAGGCUUACUUUUAAAGAAUGCAUUUUUACAUUUUCUUAAAAGUAUGUUUAAUAUAUUUUGCAUGUCUGCUCACUUUCAAAUUCUUUGGUGGUAUUAUUUUAAUAUGCAAUUACAUUUCUUGUCAGAGUAUU